CGCUCACGCCUUCCUUUGUUCUUCAGACCCCGACACUUCGCUUCAUGGCCAACUCCAGGCGGCUUAGGGCAUUCAAGCGAUGGAUGGCAUCCCGGGGUUUCGAAAUCAGCGAUGGCCUGGAGUUCGUAGACGAUCCCGGAAAUGGAAUUGCGGUGAGAGCAUUGUGCCAGUUGAAGGAAGGCGAUGUUGUUGCCAGAAUACCGAAGGAUGCUUGCCUGACGAUUAAGACUAGUGGGGCGAGUCAAAUGAUUGAAGACUAUGGUUUGGCUGGUAAUCUGGGACUAGCAGUGGCUCUAAUGUAUGAGAGAAGCUUGGGCGAGAAGUCACCCUGGGCUGGCUACCUUCAGGUUUUGCCUCACCAAGAGUGCCUGCCGUUAGUGUGGACUCUGAACGAAGUGAACGAGCUUUUGAGUGGGACUGAGCUACACAAGACGGUGCAAGAGGACAAAGCUCUUAUGUAUGAGGACUGGAAAGAGAAUAUUCUGCCCGUCUUGGAUUUUUCACCUUCAAAGCUUAACCUAAAAUAUUUCGGUGUAGAAGAAUAUUUUGCUGCAAGAAGUCUUAUUGCUUCACGAGCUUUUGAGAUAGAUGAUUACCAUGGCUUUGGCAUGGUUCCCUUGGCUGACCUAUUCAAUCAUAAAACAGAUGCUGAGGAUGUGCAUUUCACUGCUGUAUCAUCAAACUAUGAUGAUGAUGAUGAUGGAAAUGAGUGUGUCACUGAUGAAGAAGAAUUGGCUGAAAAUUCUUCAAUGGAUGAGACUGAGUUGGAUACUGCUCUUAUUGGGAAAUACAGUGAUGGCAACUUGGAGUCAUCCUCAGUUGUGGGAGAUGAUUCUUCAAUGUUGGAGAUGAUUAUGAUAAAAGAUGUCAGCGUUGGAGCUGAGAUAUUUAACACAUACGGUUCAAUGGGCAAUGCUGCUUUGCUUCAUAGAUAUGGAUUUACUGAGCAAGAUAACUCCUAUGAUAUUGUGAACAUUGAUUUGGAGCUGGUUCUUCAGUGGUGUUCUUCUUUGUUUUCAUCUCGAUACUCUCGAGCUAGAGUCUCUCUUUGGAGAAGGCUGGGCUAUUCUGCAUGUGUCAGCCAAAACUUGGAAUAUUUUGAGAUAUCAUCUGAUGGAGAACCACAGACUGAACUCCUGAUUUUAUUAUACAUUAUGUUAUUAUCAGAAGAUGCGUACCAUAAGUUAGACUUAUCGGUGUCAGUUGCAGGGAAUGUUCAUGAAUCGAGUGAAACUUAUCUUUCAGGAGAUUGCAAUAUCUUGACAAAGAAAGCAUCUGAUAUGAGUAAGGAAUCCUUGCGGACUAGAAAAGUUUGUGAUGCUUUGUUCUCUGUUGCUGAUAUGCGUGAAAGUCUUUAUGGUAACUCAAUAGAAGAUGAUAUUGAGACAUUAGGCAGGUGUAACUGUGUUAGGGAAAGAAAGCUGUUUCAUUCUUUGGUGCUGCGCAUCAGUGAAAGGAAGAUCCUUGAAAAGCUCAGAAAUUACGCUGCCCAGCCAAUUAGAAUUGGUAAGCGAAAUUCUGCAAGGAAAAAAAUGAAAAGCAGAAAAAAGUAAAAACAAUCCGGUGAAAAGGUAGAACUAGACAAUUGGCCAGUGGAGAAACUCGAAAGGCAGAGGCAAUUCGUGAAGCCGGUGAAAGGCAGAAAGCAAAGCAAGGCGAGCAGCAAUGGAUCUGGGGCAGGGAGACCGGUCGAACACUGGAAUGAACUCAACAAAGAAGGGAAUGGGAAUCUUGGUCAAGGGAGAACGGUCAAACACUCGAACUCAACGAAACACUUAACUCAACAGCGCUGCAAGGGAGAGCGGUCGAACACUCGACGGCGUUGCAAGGGAGAACUCGAACACUCGACGGCGCUGCAACUGCAAGGGAGAACUCGAACACUUGACGACGCUACAACUGCAAGGGAGAAUGGUCGAACACUCGAUGGCGCACUUGAACUCAACGUCUCAACGAAACGAAGAUGGGAAUGGGGGAAUCUGGUCUGCGGUCUGGCCAGGAUGAGGGAGGGACCGCGUGAAUUGACCGAACCCAACCAUCAAACGACGUCGUUUUGGGUUUAG